UUCUUGAUUCUUUCAAGUUGAAGAAUCCCUCCUCUAAUCUAAUCGCUUCUUCUAUCUCUAAACGAAGAUGAACUAUUAAUCAUUUUUUUAGUUCUUUCCACAUCAUUUGAAACCAAGAUCAAAAGAUAAAUCUUUCCCCAGAUGGGCUGUUUCACUGCGUGUUUUGGGAUUUCUAAAGACGAUAAGAAGAAAAAGAAGAAGAAGACGAAGACGAAGCAGAAGGUCCUGUCUCGCGACCAAAGAUGUGGAAUUCAGAGGCCUUUACAACCUGUUGAACAGAGCCUAAUUCCAGAAAAACAAGAAAAGGAAGAGGAUGAAUUGAGUAACAAAAAGAGAGUAACUUUCGACACAAAAGUGAAAACCCACUGUCCCAUUUCAAUCCGUGAGAGUACCAUUUCUUUGGACCUAAUUGAAAUAGCUAUCAAGGAUGAUGAACCCGACAACAAUUUGUUGAAUCCGACGAUUUCUCAACCACUACCCAAACUUGGAUCUUUCCCUCCCAAUCACCGCUAUAUGAAUUGCACAGAGAGUAGUGACGAAGAAGAAGAAGAAGAAGAAGCCGAUUUGAAUGAUGGAAGUGACAAUGAUGUAGUGAGUAGUUUGGAACAUGUCUGGUGUGAAGAAAUUCCAGUUGCUUCGAUGGAGUUAAGAACGGAUGAGGUAGAAGACAGCUGCUCUACCAAACUGAGCGUUGCUCCUGUUCAUACUGUUCUUAACAACUCUAACCCAUUAGAGAAAAGUUCUGAAUGGAAAGUUGCUAAAUCCCAAGUAACAACAUCAACCCAACUCAAUCAUGAUGGUCUCAAUUCAAAGGAUGCUGCCGAAUCCAUGGAAGAAAUUAAUUCAGUUGAUGCUAGUUUGUCAAAUUGGCUUGUAACUCCCCUCAGGCUUGAGAUGAAUUCUUCAGAGCAGAAGGAAGAAGAAGGAUCAUCAAAAAACCCAAUGUGGAGCAGGAGGAUUGAAGAUAGACCUAUUUUAGGUGUAUUGACGGUGGAGGAGGAGCUGAACAAGUAUUCAUCUUCGGCUUCUUCAAGGUCGCCUAGCCGAAGCAGCCCGGGGAAUGAAAUGCCCAUGAUUGGGACCUUUAGUGGCAAUUACUGGAGUAAAUUAGAAAGUAACAUUGACAAGAAGAAGAGCAGCCCUGGUUCUGUUUCUUCCUUUAAGGGCAUUCCAAAUACAACUAGCAAGUAUAGAGAGGAUAAGAAAGUGAAUUGGCAUUCAACACCAUUUCAGAAGAGAUUAGAUAGAGCCUUGCUGCAAAUAUGAUGAUGAUUUGCAAAUCAAAUUCAGAUUCAAUUCUGUAAAUGUCUUUUGUCUUGGAUUCUUGAAGAGAUUGCAAAUAUUAUUUCUUUUCGGGUGAUAUAUGAUGAUGUGAUAAGAGUUCUUUUUUGU